AUAGACGAUAACAGCCGUCUAUAAUAUUAGGCAAAGAACCCACAGGGCGAUCGGAUACCAUCCUCAUUAAGCCUUAGGUUAGGGUUUUCGUUGUUUUUCUCUUUCCCUGUCCCUCUCUGCUGUGCUGCAAAGCAAAAAGACCAAUUGCGCAGUUGCAGAGAGCUUUAACAAUGACGACUGUAGUGCCCACCUCCGAGGAAGAUCCAGCACUUUCCGUCGUCAGAUUCACUUCGGAGCUCGCCUGGGCUGAUGCUGGUCCCGAGGUUGCUGAGCCACAAGUUACCAGACUAUGUGUGGAAGCCCAAGAAUGCAUGGUAAUGGGAAGGUGGUUUGAUUUGGCCUCUCUAAUGCUCACUUCAGCUGAAGUGAUAUUCUCAAAGGUUGCUGAGAAAGAUCUUGAGUGCAUCUUCACUGUUAUCUGCAAUGUUGUUACUAAGUCUGAGAGUCCCGAUGAAGCACUUGAGAUGGCAAAACUUAUAUCUUCAAAGAUUAGUCAGCAACCAAAGGAUAAGCCUGCAUUGCGUUUAAAAAUUUUGUUCAAUUUGUACAACCUACUGGAGAACCCGUAUAGCCGGUUUUAUGUUUACAUGAAGGCCCUGAGUUUGGCAAUUGAUGGAAAGGUGACUGAACAUGUAAUCCCUUCGUUCACUAACAUAGACAGUUUCUUGAAAGAGUGGAAUUUAGGGAUCCUGGAUCAGAGGAAUCUAUUUCUUGCGAUAUCUAAUGUUUUAAAGGAAAAUAAAAGUUCAGGAAAGGAUUAUUUUAAAUUCCUGACCAAGUAUUUGGCAACUUUUUCUGGUGAAGAUGCGUAUACUUUAAGUGAAGCCAAGGAGGAAGCUGUCCAUACAAUUGUAGAAUUUGUGAAGUCUCCAGACAUGUUUCAGUGUGAUUUGCUAGAUAUGCCUGCUGUGGGGCAAUUGGAGAAGGAUGCUAAAUAUGCCUUGGUAUAUCAACUUCUGAUAAUCUUUCUCACUCAGAGGCUUGAUGCUUACUUAGAAUUUCAUGCUGCAAAUUCUACUUUACUGAAAAGCUUAGGUCUUGUCCAUGAGGACUGUAUAACGAAGAUGAGGUUGAUGUCAUUGGUGGCUCUUGGCUCUGAUGAAACUGGUCAAAUUCCGUACAGUGUAAUCAAAGACACGCUUCGGAUUAAUGAUGAUGAAGUUGAACCAUGGGUGGUUAAGGCAAUAACUGCAAAGUUAAUUGACUGUAAAUUGGACCAGAUGAAUCAACUUGUAAUUGUGAGCCGCAGCACUGAUCGUGUGUUUGGUCAGCAUCAGUGGCAAUCACUUAGAACAAAGCUAGCAACUUGGAGGGGUAAUAUUGCAAAUGUGAUUAGCACCAUUCAAGCGAACAGGAUCACCGACGAUGGCUCACAAGCAAUUCAAGGCUUGACAAUUCGUUAAAGAUUUUUUUAGUAGUUUUAUCUGUUAUUUUGAACCAUCAUCCUUAUCUAGAUAUAGGUGAGAGACAGAUGGGAUGCUGAGGUAUUCCCAUAUGUUUUUGUCUUGUACCUAAUCCAAAUAUAUUGGCAAUUUUGACGAGCAAGUCAUUUGUUUUUAUGGUCGUUAUUCCUUUAAACUUGCGGCAUGAUGUAUUGAAUGAUUAUUCCAUGGCAACGUUGUCUGUUGAAUUGGUGCUUGUUAGUCUUUCA